ACCAAUCUAAAACAAUCAAGAAUCUUCCAGUUUUGGUUCGAUAAAUCGCCGAAAAUGCCAGCUCACCCUGUGCGAAUAACUCAUGUAUCUCACACACUCGUCGAAUCUGGAGACACGUGCAACUGUCGCCAAACACCUUUGCAACCAAAUCUGCUGGCAAGACGACUCAUUUCCGUGUGACGUCACCGCGCUGCAGGGUUGUAUUGGUGUUAUCGAACCGGCAGCACUGUAUUGGUGCAGCCCUGGCGAGGAAUGUGGUUACUGGCGAGCACAACCCGACCCUGCAGUCGGCCGUCAUCAGUCGUCAUUCGUAUUUCUGUGGUCGGUUGAACAGCACGCGCGUGUAAUUCCGUUCACUGGUACGAACAAACGAAGGACUGCAUCCUUUUGCGCGCUCCUGAAGGAACAUCUACCCGUGCCACACGUUCCAGGCGAUUCCUGUUUAAUAAUCCGCAUUCGUCGUCAUAUCUCGUCAGUUAUACGACUUAUCACGACCAGUUCGCGCGUAUCGCUAUCGCAUCCGGUUCCUUUGAUCGACGAGUUUCUUCAUUUGGCUGGUCGAUCAACUCUACAAACGUGCGAUUCUGGACCCAAAUGAUGCGGAUUAGCUUCACAACAAGGAUUUAGCUGUAACAGAAAACAACAAAACCAGAAACAAGUGAUACAAAGUGAAAUCAAGUGCUUUUACUUCGGUGACCAACACUUUUACACACACAAAUAAAGUGCCGUUUUUUUUAAACGAAUCCAACGUAAAAGGCUGUGCAAAGAUACGAGCCGAGUCAAUAUUGAGUGUAACAAGUGCGAAUAAAUUGGGCUUCAGCUUUGAUACUGCACAGUGCGCGAGUGAGAGAGUAUCAAGUUGUGGAGUGUACUCACAAGAAGGUAAACUCAAAGAAAAUAAAUUAUACUUAAUCGGCCGACCGUUGUGUAGUAAAUCUCUUGCAUAAUGUCGAGCAAGUACAAGUGAUUCAUAUGUGUAUUAACCCGAUUUGUGUGCAUUACAAUAUUUUAAUUACAACUGCCAAGAGCGAAGAAACCAGUGAUUGAGAAAAACAAGAUAUCGAGCAAGAGCGAGAGAAGGGUAAAACACGAAGAUUUCAUCAGGUCCCGAUCGCUGGUGAGAUCAUUUCUAAAUAAAGCAGGGGUGUACACAUCAACAGGGACGAAAACGCGCGCGCAAAAUAGUUUUCCACUUAAACCAUCCGUCAAAGCCUACUACUUCUUCGAGGGGUGGUAACACAACAAACGUUAGCUGUCAGGGGUGUAACCAUUGUCACCUGUCAAAAUUAUCUCCCAUCCGUCAUCGUCACGGGCAGUCGCUUCGAGCUCCACCGGCAGCAGCACUAGCAGCAGCAGCACCGUCAAAUCACCGCCGGUGGUGACAACCGGAGCUGUGACAACGUCCACAACCAAGAUGAGAAUAAAGCGCGAAUCGACCUGCCUAGGAUUGCGACUCAUGCCCGCCACCAAGCUCGCAAUUCACAAUCCGCACAAACGACACAAAGAUACCUGCGAUGAUUCAUCGAUCACGCCCGGCACACGGAUCCCGCUGGCACGCAGCUGUUCCAGCCCGGCCGUUUCCUACGACAUCGAAUCGCAUCCCGCAUCGCCCGUGUUCCCACAUCUUCUGCUCGGCAACGGCCGGGACGCCAUCGAUCCGUCCACCGUCGGAGCCAACUGCGUACUGAACGUCACCUGCCAACAGCCCGCGGCCAGUUUGCUGAAACCGGGCCUGGAGUACAAGCAGAUCCCCGCCAGCGACACCCCGCAUCAGAACAUCAAGCAGUACUUCCAGGAGGCCUUCGAAUUCAUUGAGGAUGCCCGGAAAAAAGGUUCCACCGUGUUACUGCACUGUCAAGCCGGUAUCAGCCGCAGCGCAACGAUUGCCAUCGCCUACGUCAUGCGAUACAAGGCCGUCUCGCUGCUGGAAGCAUACCAAAUGGUGAAACUGGCCCGCCCGAUCAUCUCGCCGAACCUCAACUUCAUGGGCCAGCUGCUGGAGUUGGAGCAAAACCUGAUCGCCGACGGAAAGCUGGAUCCUCCACCUCCGUCGCCAGUGGUGCCACCUAGUCAGCCUCCGUUCUUCCUGAUCAACAACUGCAGCAAGUUCAAUCCACACGACGAGGAAAUGGACAACGAAGACGACCACAGCGAAGACAACAAGAACAACAACCGAGACAGUGGCUGCAGCACCGCUAGCACCAGCAGCACUAGCUCCGGUAGCAGCAUCCACAGCACCAGCAGUAGAUACAGCCACGGUAUCAAUAGCCGGUGCCCACCGCGGUUAACGCUGAAACUCCCGACCUCACCUCCAUCGUCGCCAUCUUCACUCUCGUCACCGUCCUCGCUGUCAUCCUCGUCCUCAACACCCUCGCCCACGCAGUCGCUAGCACCAGUCCCUGCAACGCCCGUUUGCAUCCUGGCACCCCGACCGUUCCCCAUGUCCAGCAGUUGCACCAGCAGCAGCAGCAGCAGCAGUUCCAAUGUGAGGCCUGGUCAAGCGAGUUCCAGCUCAUGAUUCGGCUUAAGCUAGUUAGAUGUAAUAUUUUCGUCCCCUAUAUACUAUCUAUUUAAAGUGUGAUAAAAUUUUUAACUACAAAUAUUAGAGCUAAUUUAUACAUGCGACCCUUCGCACUGUAAAUAGUAGCCCGUAAGCAAAUCGGCUUUCCUCUGUUUAGCAUAGUCAGUUUUGCAUUGUGAAAAGUGUGUUACGUUGAUAGAUAAAAAGAAUUAUAUCGCCUUCGCAAAAGAAAAAAUCAUAUCAUGGUUUGCAAAAAAAAUGUUGAAAACAGCUACUUUUGAUGCAUUUAUAGCGUCAUCACAGUCGUCGCCAGGCCGUUGCGACUGUUAGCACCAACCGCUCCUUUUGACACACUUUCUGAUAGCCACGUGCACCGCCUAUUGCGAUCGGGAACAGCCAAACAUUUCCCUCUAGCCAUGUUUCUUUUCCGGAUUCGUUUAUUUUUUUUUCGUAAGGUUUUCCACAGAUUCAUCUGUAUUUUUUCGAUACACAAUAGCCGUAAACACUCCUAUUCCUAUAGGAAGAAUUCUAGUCUCAUUUACAUUUUAAGUUUAGUUGUGCUAAGUUCGCGAGCCAAGUUUUAAACGCUAAGAAACUGUAGAUUUAAAGGUCAUCGUCAGACUAUUAAAAAAUCUUCGAGAAACGACUGUUGUGCUUUCGCCGAAACACCUUUAAAACACUGAAACAAAACAAGAGUUAACAGCUCAAUCAAUAUAGGAAGAAAUGUGUAAAAGUUAAAUGAAAGGCUGUGUUAAAUUUUAAUCAAACCAACCAACUGUAGCUGUAAUACGAACAAUAACGCCGAAUUUUCCCGCUAAAAUUUCGUCUAGCUUAACUAGUCCCUUUUUCUCUGUCUCUACUUCAUUGAAUUCGAAAACAAACAUAUCCUUUUCCGGUCAGUGUGUUCCGAGAGAGCAAAAGGACCGCAGCAGAAACCGCGUGUGACUGUACCUGUUUGUACUUUGAAUUAACUCUAACCUCAAUGCUCUGCUGCGCCUUAACGCCUCCGCGCGAUUGUUUCUUGCUGAUUUCUAGCGCGAUACUCUUCUUAACAAUCGGAAAAAAUGAACUGGAAGCAAGAAGUUGCUUUCGCAAAAAAUGAUUACAUAUGUAAGAGCACAAGUUAUAGGUUGCACCCGGCGAAAAAUUGACGAGCUAUACAAUAUUUAUGAAUCGCGAGAGGAGGUACUCUUCCGAAAGUUAUCAGUUAAAUUAUUUAAAAACGUCGUAGUCCAUAAGGCAGUGUAGAUUUAAAGGCCAUCGUCAGUCAUGAACUGUCAUUCAUGUGUAAAUAUAACCACAAACAACUACUGAGGAGAGUCGACAGUAAAACAAUAACAUUGAGUAUGAACAAAA